UGUCUCAAGAGUCUAUCAUACCAUCUCUCAUUAUGAAAGUUAUUAUAACGAGUUUGUUUCUGGCUUGUUUGAUACAUCACUGUCAGAGUGAUUGUCAACAACGAGUCAAAACAAACCUGUAUCCAGCAAGCAACAGAGUCCUACUAAAUCAUGUGUUCAAAAGGAAGACUGCAUCAUCUCCUUUGAUCUGUGGGCGAGACUGCUCUAUGGAUCCACAUUGUGCAUCAUUCAACUACUACACAUGUAGCCAUGUUUGUCAGCUGAGCAGUGCUACUCAAUCUCAAAGCCCCGAUGACUUCAUUGAGCUGCAAGGAGUUGCCUACUAUGAUGACAACUUGGAAACCCCUUCAUUUUCAGCACCAGACUCUGUACAAUUUAGUAGCUGUCUGAAGUUAUACCUGGCUGUUUGCUGUCAAAGUGACAUUUACACCAUCUACCCUGCUGGUCUGACUGAUGGAGUGAGGGUCUACUGUGAUAUGGAGACAGAUGGAGGAGGCUGGAUCGUGUUCCAGAGCAGACAAGAUGGCUCAGUUGACUUUAACCGUUUGUGGACAGAAUACCAAUCUGGGUUUGGUGAUCUCUCCACUGAGUUUUGGCUGGGUAAUGACAUCCUACGUGACCUUACUAAGUCAGGUCAAUGGCAAAUAAGGUUUGAUUUGGGUGAUUGGGAGGGAAGCACAUCUUGGGCCCGUUAUGAUGAGUUUGCUGUACAUGGUGAUAAAUACACUCUCCAAAUUGGCUCAUAUGAUGCCGACAGCCCAGCAGGUGACACAAUGCUAUAUCAUGAUGGCCAAGACUUCACUACCAAAGAUCAAGACAAUGAUGGUUAUGAUAUUGCACCAUGUGCACGGCGUGAUGGUGCAUGGUGGUUUAAAGACUGUGCUGAUACACAGCUGAAUGACCACUACUACCUUCAAAAUCCGGUCGAAUGGACAGAGGGUUUACAGUGGAACUCCUGGAAAGGUUUAUACUACUCCUUAAAGAACUGUUCAAUGAAAAUACGAGAAGUCCUGUAUACUAAACACCACACUCUGAAGUCCUGUUAAUUGAACACCACACUCUGAAGUCAUGUAAACUGAACAGCUCAAUCUUAAAUAAUGUUUCUGAACACCACACUUUGAAGUUCUGUAAACUGAACACCACACUUUGAAUCUGAAGUCAAGUAAACUGAACACCACUCUGAAGUCCAGGAGACCGAACACCACACUGUAAGUCAAGUAAACUGAACACUACACCCCGAAGUCCUGGAAACCGAACACCACACUGUAAAGUCAUGUAAAACUGAACACUACACCCUGCAGUUAUAAGUCAAGUAAACUGAACACUACACCCCGAAGUCCUGGAAACCGAACACCACACUGUAAAGUCAUGUAAAACUGAACACUACACCCUGCAGUUAUGUAACUUGAACACCAACCACACUGUGACUGUACUGUAACCUGAACACCACACGCUGAAGCCCUCUAACUGAACACCACACGCUGAAGCCCUGUAAUCUGAACACCACACUCUGAAGCCCUGUAACCUGAACACCACAUGCUGAAGCCCUGUAAUCUGAACACCACACGCUGAAGCC